AAUAGCAUUGAAAUGUGCAAUGUGUUACCGUUUCUAGAAGCAAGAUGGGAAAAAAAAAUAAAACAACUAUUGAAUUAACCUUGCUCCAUAUUUGAUACCGUUCUGUUGCAUCCAGCGUGGCUGUUUGCACUACCAACAAAAUACACUUUCAUUAUAAAAGGAUUGUGACAGAAUAAAUUAUGUUAGACUUUGUUUCAAUGCACGUGGACAAACAGGUUUAUGCUAGGACAGAACGUUUAUUUUGGGUCGCGUCGUUUUGUAGGUGCAAAACAUAAUCCCCGAAGCUUGCAAGAAGAAAUUGGAUUUUACCCAUUCGCUUUUCAAUUCAAAUACUGCUUGCUAUUUGAUCCCACUGUGUUCACAAGCUUUUCGUCGCAAGAGAUUAAGACGAUGAUGUAUGUGUUGCCCAUCUGGAGCGCUCUGGCUGUCCUUUCAAAAGCUGUAGUUCAAGUGGACAGAUCCAUUUUCUGCGAAUAAACUCAACGCGAUUUUGUUCAAGGAUUUACACAAGACUCGCAAAAAAAAGCCUUUCAAUGUAACAUUGUUUCAAUAGCCGAUCGGCAUCCCUAUCAAAUAAAAACAUUUGAGGGUAGGGGCGUAUGAAAUGGAACUCACAUCCCGACUACCAACAUCCUUCGGCCGGAUGAAGAACACAUACACGAGUUGGGCACCCGAACGCAACAAAAUUAUGCUUCGUGGAACUGCCGAAAGAACAGUGCUAAAUGGGGAUGGGAAUGUAAAAAUGUUAAUCUCCAAGAUAAUGGAUUUUCAGAAGACCAAGUAUGCAAGAUUCAUGAACACCCGAGUUCCUGCCAAUAAGAGAUACCAGCCAACGGAGUACGAGCAUGCGGCAAACUGCGCGACCCACGCGAUCUGGAUAAUUCCCAGCAUCCUUGGCAGCUCCAUCUUAUACUUCCUGUCUGACGACCAAUGGGAGACGAUCUCCGCGUGGAUCUAUGGUUUGGGAUUAUGUGGUCUCUUCAUUGUCUCGACCGUGUUUCACACCAUCUCCUGGAAGAAGAGCCACCUCCGAGAGGUGGAGCACUGUUUCCAUAUGUGCGACAGGAUGGUGAUCUACUUCUUUAUAGCUGCAUCUUACGCCCCCUGGUUGAAUUUAAGGGAGCUGGGACCCUGGGCUUCGCACAUGCGCUGGAUCAUCUGGAUAAUGGCUUGUGUAGGAACAGCUUAUGUGUUUUUCUUCCACGAAAGGUACAAGAUCGUAGAGUUAAUAUGCUACGUGGUCAUGGGUGUCUUUCCUGCCCUUGUAAUACUCUCUAUGGCGGAGAGAGACGGCUUGUUUGAGCUGGUUCUGGGGGGCAUGUUCUAUUGCCUGGGUACGGUUUUCUUCAAGAGCGACGGCCGCAUCCCCUUCGCCCACGCCAUCUGGCACCUCUUCGUGGCGACUGGAGCCGGGAUCCAUUACUACGCCAUCUGGAAGUACCUGUACACACCGGGCAGCGGUGAAGUGAAGACCUUGAGAUAGCAGCAGUAUGACUGUGCGGCACGUGAAUACACAGGGACUGCGAUACGCGCAGCGAGUUGAGCGAGGUUCCUUUCUAUUCAGAUCUCAUCACAGUGUUUUUAAAGAUUUUUCUAUCAGACAAUGACUUUCCUAACUGGGUUCUCUGCGGGUGUUUAAAAGCCCUGCAAAAAACAACAACAAAAAAAAGAAUAAUCCACCAACCUAGCCUUAUGACGCAAGUCCUCACGUACUGAACUUCAAAGGGACCCAAGUUAGUGCAAACAGCCUUUAAGGAAAUGUAAUAUACAGUACCACUGGUGCAUUCCGAGUAUAUGUUAAGUAUUUUUUUUAUUAUAUUACAUUCAUAAGGGAAAGUCUUCAGAAAGCUUAGAAGAAUCUGCUUUGUGUUUUUUUUUUUCUUUUGAGCUCUCUGCCUAGACUGCAAGAGUUCCAGGAUCUGUGAUGCCUAUUCACUGCGCACAUGUGUCUGUUCAUUAGACACAGGCGUUACCUCUUCCAAACUGAAUAGAUGUCUCAAACCGUAAAGUUUGAUUCCAGUUUGGAAUUGGAACACAGCUAGUGUGUAAGGUUCUUAUGCUUAUUGGUAGUGGGCUCCCCCUUGUGGCAGUCAUAGGCAUCACUGCUCUCCUCAAGUGUUGGGAGUCCAACUAGAUGUAUGCUUGGUCUAAUCUCAAAGUACAUGUAGCUAAUGCUGGCUAUGGGAACAAACAAAAGCAGACAAAAAAGCAAUACUAUCUGCAAGAGUGGCUGAUAUUCACCAGGACUUAUUCAGAGGAUAUAUGUUUUUUUUUUUUUUUUUUCUAAUUUGACCCUGUAUACAGUGUAUAGCUGUGCGCUCAAUAAGAAAUUAUACGUUAUCCUUUCUUUAUGCCCAGUUUAAUAUGGACCAGUGCGUCUAACACCUUCAAGUUUAUUCUGGUAAUUAAAAUCUACCAAAACUAUAGGGUAUGUUUUUUUAUCCGUGAGAAAUAUAUUUCUGUUUUUAUAGUAUUUCUUGUCAAACAGGUCAAACCAAUCACGAAGAGUUUCGUUUUAUGAUUUUGACUACCUUGAUGGGAUUCGCAUGGAUGGUGUUAAUGAAAAGCAUAACCUUUUCUCCAAGCUGACUGAAAGAAUUUUCAAUUCUGUGUCCCUGCACCUUUGGAGAAGGAUUGAUGUGUCUGAGAAUAAAGGAGCAUAUCUUUGUACUGUAAACAACAAACACGGUGCUGCUCAAGAGACACUGACAUUUUCUUGUGUGAAAAGAUAGGGUUUUUAUGACAUAAGGGAGGUACAGUAUGGUUAUCUCUUUUCUGUUAGUAUUUAGUUAUGUUUGGACUAACUGCUCACAAUAAUGCAAUCAGCUAUUCCCUGAACGUUUGCAUUUAGUUAUAAAAUCACCAGGAAGGGGAGAUCCCCUUAUACUUUUGCAAAGUAUUUUUUGCAGUUUUGCAAUGCAUUUCCCAUGGUUUUACUAUGCAUUUACCAUAGUUAACCGUGGAUUUUUAUGCAAUGCUUUUACUGUGGUAAACUUUUACAAGUGGCAGUGUAAGAGAAGUAAAAUCCUUGAAAAACAUGACACCAUUCCAAGACCUUUCUAGGUCAAUAGCACUGAACAAACCCUCAAUGCCAGUAUUUUUCUGUACUGAAUGCGCUUCUUCAGCUCCUAAUGUGCCGUAGGUUCUAAGGGUCCAACAUGCUUCGCUACUGAUUGGAAUAUUAAAAGCACGUCUGUACAGUGCUGCUCACAUGUGGUGUCACUUGACCCAAUUCUUGAAUUCAUCUCGUUUUUAGUUGCUAUAGAACUAGGUUACAGUAUUAGCAUAUGUUGCCAAAGCCUGUGCACAAAGUGGUUUUGUUUGUAAGCAGCUGGAACUGAUGUGUGUGUGUCUGUGUCUCUGUUGUAACUGGUUUUAUUUUUGCCAUUUCGCCCUGAGAGUAUUAAACUGAUUUAAACCACUAACACAUAGCAAAAACAACAGAAAAAACCUGAAGAUUUAACAUGUAGUUACAACAUGGCCUUUGCCAGCAGUUCUGUGCUGUAGCUAUCACCCUUCUUACAACCAGACUGAAGACAGCAGAUAGCAGAAACGUUUGCCUCUAAGGGAAUGAAACAUUUCCUUUCACAGUUCAGGAUUUCACUCUGUUACACACUGCUGGAAAUGACAGAGGUAAACAAGAACGUGGUACAUAUGUCUGAAGAACGUGGUACAUAUGUCUUCAUGAAGCUGGCAUGCUCGUUUCCCCGUGUGUUGUACCGAGAGGUACUUUUGUUACACACUGUGCCUUAUAUCAUAUGACAGCUGCUCCUUUCUUACAUGUAUGUAAGGUUUGUUUUGUAUGACGCUUGUCUUACAUGUGAGUGUGUCUGUUCCACCGGGCUUGCUUGUUUCCUGAUAGUCUAUGUGCUGUUCAACUGUGUUCUUUUUUUACGUGUUACAUGUUGUGUUAAUGUCAUAUUUGAUAAAUGUCUGUGUGUUUUACAGAAAUGGUCAUUUGAUCAAAUGUUUAUUGAUUGCGCACAAUUGUGGGCAUUGUGGGUUUGGUUGUAAAUUACCCUUAAUACCUUUUCAAUGCAUAUACAUUCCAUACAAGUCCCAUUGCUGUGUAUUAUUGUAAAUGUGUUACGUAAGUCUUUGUAUCACUAUACCCAGUUCUGAUCUUGACAUGUUCAAUUCCAGAUCCAAUGUUCAUCCAAAUUGUAACCAUUCACUCGGCAGUUCUUUCUGAGUGUAUGGACAUUAAUCUCUACAUUCUGGGAUUCCUUGCUAUUUGACAGACUGUCAGGGUUCAGUGUCACUUUAGAAACAUACAAUAAUUCAUAUACAAAUAUAUACAUAGAAACAAUAAACAUAUACUGUAACACGCUGGUGCUUCUCUAUAAUGGGGGGUGUGUUUAAUGCCUUUCCAUUGCAAAGCACAUUCUUGAGUCUUGUGACCAUGGCAUGUUUUUUUUUUUUUUUUUUUGAUUGCAUGCCGAAGUAACACAAAUAACGUAAUAUUUAUUUACAUACUUGAUGUACAUUUUAAGAGUUUGAUUUAUACCUCUUUGUGUGUGUUAUUUAUCUUUGGAAUAACAUGUGAAUUGGGAUAUUUGCCCCAAAUAACUGUAUCAUUUUUAGCAGAACUAACACUAACUCAGAGCUAAGUAACAGGUGACCUGUCUUUCUAUUCUGCAGUGUCUGGGCUUGUUCUUGGCACAUUGCAUUAGGCUUUCUAUUUGAAUCAGUGUUAUAUAUACAGUAUAUAUAUAUGUACACACACAGUCGCAGACAAAAGUAUUUGGGCAGUUUUAAAAAAUGAGAAAAACCACAAAGAACGUGAUUUCUAUGCUUUCUAAUUGUUCUAUUGAAAGAUAUAAAUGAAAGUAGAGAUUCAGCUCAUAUGUAGUAGGUUUAAAUUAGACGUUGUGCUUAUUGUAAUUAAUUGUAAUUGUCGAAUUUAGAAAAGCAGGCAUUUCUGGUAAUUUUUAAUAAGAUUUGUAUUACUGGUUGAGGGCUAAUUUUCGUUUCUUUUUUUUUUACAUGAAUCAGAAGCUCUAGUGACUUUAUAUCAGCAGUGAAUUUAGGGCACAAUAACAAAACCAGAUUACAGUAGGUUAUUGAUCCAUUUAUAAAACACCUAGGAAUAUCUAACUAGAUGGGUUUUUUUUAGGUUGUUCACAAGGAAUAAUAAAAUCUGAAUGACAUAAUUUCAUGUUAUUAAAGUAAUUACAAGAUUUCUUAUAAAUGCCUUGGUUCCACGUCCUUAUAACUCUGCUAAUGUGUGUUAUUAUUAAUAACUGCAUCCUUUAUAACACAGUCAUGGAUGCAUUAGUGGUAGUUUAUACCCGAUCCUUAAAGACAAGUCUUACCAGUUCUGCAUUAUAAGCACCGUCGCAUCCUGAAUACCUUCUUCAGCUGCUUAUAGCCACACUGCCUAUACCUUUUGGAAUGUUUUUCAUUUUAUAAACAUAACAUGUUUGUAUCUGGUUUAUAAAAUGUAUUUGUCUGUAUUCUCAUGUCACGUGGAUCAAACUGCUUUCGUAACUCCUGGGUGCUGUAGAGGUUUGUGAAUGUUUUUUGUUUUUAAAAACAAUGAUUGUAUUGUCUGGGUUUUUUUUUCUUCCUUUUUGUGAUGCCUGUAUUUUAUAUUUAAUAAUAACUUUUUUGUAGUAAUGA